AUGGAGUUAGCUCACAGUUUACUACUUAAUGAAGAAGCGUAUAACCAGCUUGGUGAAUUUGAAAAAGCAGAGUUCAUUUUUGAGUGGUUGCAAUUUUUGGAAAAACUUUUACCAGUGACUAGCAGAGCUGAUAUAAGGGAAAACCAGAAGAAACUGGUUGAACAAUUGACUUCUUUAUUAAAUAAUUCACCAGGACCUCCUACCAGACGGCUUCUUGCCAAGAAUUUAGCUGUACUUUAUAGCACUGGAGACACUUUUUCUGUUUACCAAACAAUUGACAAAUGCAAUGAACUCAUUCGGAGUAAAGAUGAUUCACCAAGUUAUCUGCCUACAAAACUUGCUGCGGUGGUAUGCUUGGGCUAUUUAUACAAAAAAUUGGGAAGAAUUUUGGGAAACAGUUUUACUGACAUCGUUGGGAAUGUGCUUAAAGCAAUGAAGAAUGCAGAGUCUCAAGGCCGUUACGAAAUCAUGCUUAGUUUGCAAAAUAUAUUGAAUGGUUUAGGAGCUGCUGCUGUCCCCUGUCAUAGAGAUAUUUACAAAGCUGCCCGAUCGUGUUUGAUGGAUCGAUCCAUGGCAGUCCGCUGUGCUGCUGCGAAGUGUCUUCUUGAACUUCAGAAUGAAGCAGUAUUUAUGUGGAGUACAGACCUGGAUAGUGUUGUGACCUUGUGUUUUAAAUCCUUUGAAGGUUCCAAUUAUGAUGUACGAUUAGCAGUUUCAAAACUUUUAGGCACAGUAUUGGCUAGAGCUCUAACAUCUAAACAGACAACAGCAUCCACCAGGCAUAACUUCCGCAGAAUCUCUUUGGAAGAAGUGAUGGAGCUGUUGGGAACUGGAUUUCUGCGCGGAAGUUGUGGGUUUCUGCGAGCCAGUGGUGACAUGUUGAAAGGGACCAGUUCAGUCAGCAGAGAUGUUAGAGUUGGAGUCACCCAGGCAUAUGUGGUAUUUGUCUCUACAUUAGGAGCACAAUGGCUUGAAAGGAACUUCUCUGCCUUCCUUUCCCAUAUUCUAGAUCUCGUGUCUCAGUCUCACCCUAAGGCUAUUCAGAGUCAGAUGGAUGCUAUCGGCUGUCGUCGCUGCGUUUCAUUCAUCCUUCGAGCUACAGUAGGAGGCCUUCUUGGGGAAAAAGCUCAAAUUGCAGCUGCCAAGGAGAUUUGUCAGACCAUCUGGAGACUGAAGAAAGUUGUGGAUGCUGCAAUGAGUGACAGUAACUUGGAAGCAAGAAUUAGUACAACAGAUGCAACAGUAAGUCAGCAUGUGCUUGUGUGUGCACUUCAGGAACUCGGAAGUCUCAUCCAUGGCUUAGGAACUACAGCAGCACCAUUACUACAAGACUCCAGUACAGGAAUUCUGGAAGCAGUGAUUUCUGUCAUUCUUCAUCCCAGCAUUUCAGUUAGACUAACAGCGGCGUGGUGUUUACGCUGUAUUGCGGUAGCUUUGCCCUCCUGUGUGUCCCUCCUGCUGGAUCGUUGCAUUGAACGUCUUAGUGCAUUGAAAUCCUCCCCAGAAGCAGUAACUGGCUACAGUUUUGCUGUUGCUGCUUUACUGGGUGCAGUAAAACACUGUCCAUUAGGAAUUCCACAUGGAAAAGGGAAGGUAAUCAUGACAGUAGCAGAGGAUUUGCUGUGCUCUGCUUCUCAGAACAGUCGCAUUUCACUGCAGCGAACGCAGGCUGGAUGGCUGUUGAUAGCAGCUCUCAUGACAUUAGGUCCUGCAGUUGUCCAACACCAUCUGCCACGAAUGCUGUUACUGUGGAAGUACAUCUUUCCAUCAUCUCCUAAAGACCUAGAGAUGGAGAAGACACGAGGAGAUUCAUUUACUUGGCAAGUAACACUGGAAAGUCGUGCUGGUGCUCUCUGUGCUAUCAGAAGCUUUGUUUCCCACUGUGCUGGUCUUCUUACGGAUGAAGUUGUUCAGAGACUUCUUCCUCCUCUACCAAGUGCUGUUGAUUUAUUGACACAACUUUCUUCAAUAUAUAAAUCAUAUGGAAAUUCUUUAAAAACACCAUCAACGGUUUACAGACAUAAACUUUAUGAAUUAUUAGCGGUAUUGCCUCCAAAGACUUAUGAAGGAAGCUUCUGUGCUGUUCUAAAAGAGUUAGUGGCUGACUUGACUGUCCCAGAUAGCCAGAUCGAUGCCUCUACUUUCUUGCUUCCACCUCUUUGUCAUGAGAAUGAUCUCCUUUUACUUGGUCCCUUACUGCAGGAGACUGACCACCGAUUUAUCGAGGAGCAGCUCCUUUUAGGUAACAACAUAGCUGGUGGCAGCCUGGAGUAUGACCCUUACUCAAUUUAUGAGAAAGUUGCAAAAGGUGAUUCAAUACCUAAACCACUACCUCCUGUAUUGUCUGUUGUCAGUGCAGCAACUCGUCUUUUUGGAGUUAUGUUUUCCCAUGUAGCAGAAUCUCACAGGCUUCAGGUGUUAGAACAGUUGUUGAAUUCCAUAAAGCAAACAAAAGGAUCACGGCAACAAAUAGUACAGCUAAAUGUUGUGUCUGCCUUUUCUACUUCCUUAAAGUGCUUGGCUAACUGCAAGGGAAGUUUAGGUCCAGAAGAAAUUAGAAGGUCUGCCUUGACGCUGGUAAUGGGUGCCUUGGAAAGCAAUAAUCCACUCCUAAGAUGUGCUGCUGCAGAAUGUUUGGCCAGAUUGGCACAGGUGGUUUCUGACAGUGCCUUCACUGCUGGAUUAGCACAAGUCAGUUUUGACAAGCUAAAAUCUGCUAGGGAUGUGGUAUCAAGAACAGGUCAUUCCUUGGCUCUGGGAUGUCUGUAUAGGUACCUAGGAGGAAUAGGUUCUACUCAGCACCUGAAUGCAUGUGUUGGAAUCCUUUAUACUUUAUCUCAGGACAGUACUUCUCCUGAUGUACAGGCAUGGGCACUACACUCUCUGUCGCUGAUAGUAGAUUUAUCUGGCCCCUUGUAUCACGUGCACGUGGAACCUACCUUAUCUCUUGUUCUCAUGUUGUUGUUGACUGUGCCUCCUGCUUACGCUGAAGUUCACCAAAGUCUUGGUCGCUGUUUAAAUGCACUUAUUACCACACUGGGCCCUGAGCUGCAAGGCAGCAGUGCGACAGUUUCAGCCUUAAGAACUUCCUGUCUCUUGGGCUGUGCGGUGAUGCAGGAUAAUCCCGACUGCCUUGUUCAGGCUCAAGCCAUCUCUUGCCUUCAGCAGCUUCACAUGUUUGCUCCUCGACACGUCAAUUUGUCUAGCCUUGUAAGCUGCCUAUGUGUGAAUCUCUGUAGCUCAUACUUAUUAUUGAGACGUGCAGUGGUAGCUUGCUUACGUCAGCUUGUGCAAAGAGAAGCUGCUGAAGUAUCAGAAUAUGCUGUUGCAUUAAUUAAAGAAAGCAGAGAAGAUUUUACUCCAGCAGAUGUUAACAUCAGAGAAAUAGGCCUGGAGGGGGCAUUGCUGGGCUUGCUGGACAAAGAAUUGGAUCAACGAUUGUGCCAAGAUAUCAAAGAGACUCUGACUCAUAUGCUUACUUCAAUGGCAGUUGAAAAGCUCUCUUUUUGGCUGAAGCUUUGUAAGGAUGUUCUUGCUGCCUCAGCUGAUUUCAAUACAAUAACUUCAGUAGAUACCACUCAAGAAGAGGAAACUGCCAAAGUGGAUGAUGCAUCUGUAUUAAAGUCUGACAGUGAUGAGAGGUUCCAUCCCUUCAGUAAUCCACGAUGGUCUACCAGAGUUUUUGCUGCAGACUGUGUUUGUAAAAUUAUAAGCCAGUGUGAAAAUGCAGGCAGUGCACAUUUUGACGUAACUUUGGCUCAGGAAAGAAAGCAACGUGAUUCAAGAGAUGACUUUUUGGUAUUGCAUUUAGCUGACUUGAUCCGUAUGGCUUUUAUGGCUGGGACAGAUCACAGUGAUCAACUCCGUCUUUCUGGGCUUCAAACAUUGCUAAUUGUUGUUCGGAAGUUUGCGGCUGUUCCAGAACCAGAGUUUCCGGGUCAUGUAAUUCUGGAGCAAUAUCAAGCCAAUGUUGGAGCAGCGCUUAGGCCUGCCUUUGCUCCCGAAACUCCUCCUGAUGUCACAGCAAAAGCAUGUCAGGUGUGCAGUGCCUGGAUAGCAAGUGGUGUAGUAAGUGAUCUUAAUGACCUUCGAAGGGUUCACCAGUUGCUCGUAUCCUCUUUGAUUAAAGUGCAGGCUGGAAAAGAAGCACAAAGUCAACAAUAUAAUGAGAGCACCUCAACCAUGGAGAUACUGGCUGUGCUUAAGGCUUGGGCAGAGGUUUACAUAGUUGCAGUUGAAAAGCAGAAAAAUCAAAGUGAUGCACACAAUCACUGUUUAAAAAUUGCGAACUCUACAGAAGAAAGCUACAGAGAUGUAACAUCUUCAGCCAGUGGAGUUCUGGACUUAGUACAGGCAGAUCUUGGAACACUAAGCAAGCUCUGGCUUGCUGCACUUCAGGAUUUUGCUCUCUUAACUUUGCCUUCAGAAUAUGCAUCGCAACUGCCUGCUGAAGGUGGUACAUUUUAUACAGCAGAGACAAUUGAAAAUGCCAGACCUCAUUACUACAACUCCUGGGCGCUGAUACUUUAUGCUGCAGCAUUAUGGCUUACUAGCACAGGUUUCAUCAUUGUUGAUCCAGAUGAAGGAGUUACUAAUCUCUCUAGACCUGUCACUCCAACUACAAUGUGUCAAGAUUCUUCUACCAGGCCCUUGGUGAAAUCUCCUGAGGAUGUGAAUACUGACAGAUUUCAUCUUAUCUUGGGAAUUAGUGUGGAAUUUCUCUGCUCUCCUCGAUCAGAUGCAGCAAUGGAGAACAUUAUUGCCUGCUUACGUGCCCUACAGGCACUCUUCGAUGUUCCGUGGCCAAGGUCAAAAAUAGGUGGUGAUCAGGAGUUGGGUGUAGAGCUGCUGAAUGUUUUACAUCGACUGAUACUGACUAGAGAAUCACCUGAUAUUCAGCUUGCUGCCCUUGAAGUAGUUCGGCUGAUUCUUUUUGCAGCUCAGGAACAUGUGAAGGAAAAGCGGAGAAGUGCAGAAGUUGAUGAUGGUGCAGCAGAAAAGGAAACGUUACCAGAAUUUGGAGAAGGCAAAGAUACGGGAGGACUGGUGCCUGGGAAAUCAUUAGUCUUCGCAACACUGGAGUUGUGUGUUUGUAUUCUUGUCAGACAGCUUCCCCAGCUCAACCCAAAAUUAACUUGUAGCCCUGCAGUUCAUUCAGGAAAGCAUCUGUUAUUGCCAGAAGAUGGAAGUAGACUGGUAGUGGCAGCAUUAGUUAUUCUCUCUGAUGUUCCUGCAAUCUGCUCUCCUGAAGGAAGUGUUUCAGUUCUUCCUACUAUCUUGUACCUAAUUAUUGGAGUACUUAAAGAAACUGCUGUGAAAUUGCAAGAUGGCCAGUUACCUUUGACGGUUGCUGCAUCUUUACAAGCUCUUAGAGGACUAUUGUCUUCUCCAAUGGCUCGAGCAGAGAAGAGUCGGACUGCUUGGACUGAUCUUCUACGUAGCGCUUUGGUCACAGUGCUUGACUGCUGGGAUCAAGUAGAUGGGCUCCUCCGAGAACUUGAUGAAGUUAGUCUGCUUACUGCUAUUACAGUAUUUGUUAUGUCUACCAGUCCAGAAGUUACUACCGUAGAGUGCCUUCAGAAGCGUUGUAUUGAGAAGUUUAAAAUAACACUUGACUCAAAAGAUCCUCUUGUACAGUGCAAGUGCUACCAGCUGCUGCACUCCAUCUUUCAGCAUCCACACAAAACUGUGUCAUAUCCUUAUAUUCACUCUUUAGCACCAUCCAUUGUGGGAAAACUGCAGGAAACAGAAAAAGCAAAACCUGAAAAUGCUGCUGAACUGCAAGUCAUUCAGGAGGGAAUAAAGGUGGUUACAGCUCUUACAGCCACUGCUGAGGAAGAGCACCGUGCUGGUUUGGUGGCCUGCCUUCUCCCCAUCCUUAUUUCCUUUCUUUUGGAUGAAAAUGCCCUGGUUUCUGCUACAAACUCGGCAAAAAAUCUGCAUGAGUUUGCUUUGCAAAAUCUGAUGCAGAUUGGUCCACAGUACUCAUCAGUUUUUAAAAAACUGAUGGCUUCCUCUCCAACUAUGAAAGCCAGGCUCGAAUCAGCUGUAAAAGGCAAUCAAGAAAGCAUCAAAGUGAAGACUGCUAAACAUGCAAAGAAUCCUGGGAGAAGUUCAAGCAUUCAGCUAAAGACCAAUUUUCUUUAAAGACUGGUAUUGUCAUUUUACGCACUUUGGUAUCAACAGCAAAAAAUGUCCCUUUUAAUUUCUGAUCAGAGUAGGAUCACUAUGAGUUGAUCUCAUAUAUUUCAGUUUGCACUCAGGUAUUACAGAAAGUUUUUAAGAGAGAGCAAAUCUCUAGAUAACUUUCUGUGAGUGUAAGACUUCUUAAACAUCUCUAAACACUGUGACUAAAUCUGUCAGAGGUCAUCUAAUCUGUAUUUUUGGAUUAUUUUGGGUUAAAAUACUAGAAAUGCACAUGCCUGUA